UCACUGCGCUCUCCAUAAAGACAGCUAUCACUACCAACACUUCAAAACCUUAACCAUCUUAUCUGAAGCCCGCUGCCAAAGAGAUCACAGAAGCCGUGCAAAGUCAAGGAAAGCAGUAACAGAAGCAAGGCUUCCAAAACCAUGGAAACAGAGCGCGCUCGGGGGCCCCAGUCAGAGCCCAGGAAUGUCCUGUUCUCCAGGCAGCAACUUCCCUGCAGCUGGGCUGCAGAGGAGUCAAUGAGGCUUCACCUGGAGACGCCCAGAGUUGAGAUCCAGGGCUUAGAAAAGAAAACAAUGGUAACUUCCUUAAAGCAUCCUGGAAAAAAACAGAGCGGCAGCAGCUCCCGCCUCCCUUUGACGUGGACAAAGAGGGCGACUCCCCCCGCGCUGGCGCACAGUGCUACAAGCACAGGCCCGUGGGACAGACAGAUGGACAGGAUGACAGACAUAGAAAGAUUGAAGACUCUCAGGCAGAAAGACGCUCAAACACGGUGCAGAAACCUGCAAGGCCCCGCCAGGCCUGGGGACCACUGUGCUGUGCUGGCCCUAGGAACUCACGCCCAGCCAGGGUCCUGGGACCAACCAACCUCUGCCUGGGGCCACUGCAAACCACAUCACCCCGCCACCCCGCCAUCCCGCCAUCCUGCUACCCCAGUGCUCAGUGCGCGCGCAGGGACGCCCCCACCAGGCGCGCGAGACACCCGGAGCCCGGAUGCCGCCGCGGCGGACGCGAAGGCCCGCGCCCUCACUGCGAACGCGGGAGACGCCCAUGCCCCGGGUACGGUUCGGGCCCAGCAGACACCCACCGAGCUCCUCGCAUCCCGCCGCCUCCGCCGGCGCCGGCGCUUCCAUCCCUCGGGGGUCUCCAGGUCGCCGCCGCCCGCUCUGCCGGCCGCACCGCCGAGCAUGCGCAGAGCCGCCCCGAGGGGCGGGGCCCGGGCCGGCCUUGACCGUAGCCCACGCGGGUCCGCGCCUCGCAGGGUGACAGGAGCCGCACCUAAAGGCUAAGGAGCUAUUCUCUGAACUCCGGGGCUUCGGGUGCCGGGGAGACAGGGUCUCGGACCGCGCGGAAAGCAGGCAGACUGCAACUCCGACGGCCGACUGUCAGUCUUCGUCCACCGUAGCUGACACUAGCAAAGGCAGCUCGAUGUUGGUAGGCUCUGGCACUGGUGUCUUAAAGACUGCUGGCGUCAGGGUUAAGGCUUAGAGGGAGGUGUCCCACACUGUCAGGCGUUACACUACUCAAUGUAAUCUGUAAGCCACUGAGCUCACUGCCCACGCAAAGGGAAGUCACUUCACCACCACCAACAGUAAACCAAUGAAGGCAGGCGAGGCAUCUGCCACUUCAGCGGGGACUCUCAGCCUGCAUGCAAAGCUGGCCUCGAGUGGACACCAAUAAAUGUACGAUUAAUCCACAGACAAGAUACCUAAUUUUAAGAUUGAAGACUUCAUAGUGCCCCAGCACUCAGAGGAAGAGGCAGGCAGGUCUGUGUGUUCAAGGCCAGCCUUGGCUACAUAGAGAGUUCCAGGACACCCAGGGCUGCACACAGAGAUGCUUGCUGUCUUAAAUAAAACUAAAAUGUAAAAAGAUUACCAUGGUGAGACGUGCCUGUAGUCCCAGCACUUGGGAGGCUGAGUCUAGAGGAUUAAGAGUUUAGGCUAUCCUCGGCUUCAUAGGAAUUUUGAGCCAGCCUAAGCUGCAUGAGAUUCUGUCUUU